AUGCCAACGAUAGAGUCUUCAGCAGAAGCAGCCGCUUUGUUGAUGAGUUCUAUUUCAGUGAUACACAUGGUUCGUUGUAUUGAUGACACCAAUGAUGUGUCUAGGAAUGUACCUGGCCAACGAAUGAGUUCUCAAAAUGGAAGAGGGCCUAACGAUUUUUGGCCAAUAGUACUGGCAAUCAUUCCAAUAGGGUACCAGCCAGAACCGCUGCUUUUCGACGCCAAUCAGCCUCUCAAUAGCCUCCAACCUCCCUCCAUACUCACGCUGCAAGCUGCUUCUCGCCGAUAUGCCUCGUCGGCAAGUCGUCGAACAAGUGGCCAAGUUUAG